GGAUGCAGAGACACGCACAGGGUAUGAGCCUUUUUCUUUCCAAGCAACGGCAACCUCGGUCGCUUCGCUUGCUUUGGUUGGAAACCCCAACCUAACUCCGGACAACCUCGGCCAGGACAAUGGAGGACGAGGAAAAGAAAAGAAAGCAAUUCACCAACCCAAAACCGUCCGUGAGAAGUGCAUCCCGGCCAGAUCGAGCCAUCUUUUGCUGGCGCGCGUGCUUCGUCCCCGCCGCGACCCAAAACGGCCGAUCGACAACCAUGCCUGCCGCUUCUUCCUCCUCCAAGGACCAUGGGCCUCUUUGACGGCCUCUUCUCCCGCCACCCCUCGCCCACGCCGCCGGCCAUGGCCACGGCCACGGACGCCGCCGCUUCUCCAUCGCCGCCGUCCUCGUCGACGUCGCUCAACGAUCCUCCCCUCUCGCCGGCCGCCAUCUCCCUCGUCCACCGAUGCGCCCGGAUCGCGGGCGUGCCGGCGGAGCAGCUGCUGCGGCGGCGGUUCGAGCCGGGGCCGGCGCCGGAGGCGGAGGAGCCGGUGGCGCUGGCGCGCGGGAGGAGCCUGGUGGAGUACUGCUCGUACAUGGCCCUGCGCGCCGAGACCCGGCGCCGGCAGCACGACGACCUUCUCGUGGGCGACGCCGGCUUCCAUUCGCUCACCUACGACAUGAUGCUGGCCUGGGAGGCCCCCGACCCCGACACCGACGCAGACCUCCAGAAGAGCGUCCUCCUCUGCAGCGGCGAUGUGGACGGCGGCGACGACGGAACAUCCAUGUUCUACUCCAGCCCCACCCAGAUGGCCAUUCAGGUUGAUGGAAGGAGGACGGUGGGGCCGGAGGCGUUUGCGAAGAUCGCGCCGGCCUGCCCCGCCGUGGCGCACCCGAUGACGGUCCGCAACCUCUUCGACGCGCUCACAAACUCCACCGGCGGCCGCCUCCAUUUCCUCAUCUACCACAAGUACCUCAAAAGCCUGGACACGGUGCUCCAAUCCACGAAGCUUAUGUCGGGAGGCGUGCAAAAGACGCCCCGGCUCGAGCUCUGCAACGGCGAGGUGGUCCUCGACGUCUUUGGCGCCGCCACGACGAAGCCGGUCCUCCAGCACAUCGGGACGUCCACGUGGCCUGGGAGGCUCACGCUGACGAACCAUUCCUUGUACUUCGAGCCCAUCGGCGUCGACUUCUCCUACGGCGACGCCGUCGUGUAUGAUCUCGCCGAGGACCUCAAGCAGUGCGUCAAACGUGAGUCCACCGGGCCGUGGGGCGCUCACCUCUUCGACAAGGCCGUCAUGUACAAAUCUAGCUCCAUAAGCGAGCCGGUGUUCUUCGAGUUCCCCCAAUUCAAAGGCCACAGCCGCAGGGACUACUGGUUCGCGAUCAUCAAGGAGGUGCUGCACGCCCACAAGUUCAUCAGGAGGUACAAGCUGGCAAGCUUCCAGAGAGCCGAGGCGCUGUCGGUGGCGACGCUGGGGAUCCUCCGGUACCGCACCGUGAAGGAAGGGUUCCACAUCCUGCCGGCCUACUUCAAGACCACCCUGGCCUUCAACCUGGCAGAGAAGCUCCCCAAAGGUGACAAGAUACUGGAGGCGUUACACGGCCAGCUGAAGCAGCAGCAUUGCUCCAGGUUCAGAGGGAGCGAUGAGUUGGUCGGCGGUCCCGACGACCCGUUCCCGCUGUCGGCGCACACGCUGAUGAGGAUGGGGUUGCUGGAGCUCAAGGAGGAGGACCAUCCUGAGGAGAGGGACUUCUCUGCCAGAGAUGUGCAGACCGGUGGAACCAGCUCGGUGCAGAUGGCGCUGGAGCGGUCCGUCGGGUACUCCGACAGAGUGGAGGCGGCGCGCGCCACGCUCGAUCAAGUCAAGGUGGAGGACAUUGACACCAAUGUAGCUGUUCUCAAGGAACUGCUAUUCCCUCUGAUUGAAAUUGGCAAAAGGCUCCGCUUUUUGGCCGACUGGGAAGAGCCACUUAAGUCCUACGUCUUCUUGCUCUGUUUCCUUUACAUAGUUUACAGAGGCUGGAUAUGGUACAUAUUUCCCGGCCUUUUGCUGGGCUGCACUGCUUUCAUGCUAUGGAACAAGCACCAUGGGAACAGGCAGAUGAUCGGAGCAUUCGAAGUCACGACUCCUCCCCGGCGACGAACCGUGGAGCAGCUCCUGGCUCUGCAGGAGGCCAUCUCGCAGCUGGAGGCACACGUCCAAGCCGGGAACAUAUUUCUCCUCAAGCUCCGGUCCCUCAUGCUCGCUGCAUUCCCUCAGAGCACGAACAAGGUUGCGGUGGCGAUGCUCGUCGCGGCGGCGGCAUUUGCGCUCCUGCCUCUCAGGAGGAUCGUUCUGCUGGUUGUCGUGGAGGCGUACACGAGGCACAUGCCGGCGAGGAAGAAGAGCAGCGAGAAGCUCUUGAGGAGGCUGAGGGAGUGGUGGCUCCGGAUCCCGGCAGCUCCUGUGCAGCUCUUGAGGCCGCAGGACACCAGGAGAUGGAGAUCCAGGUUGAGGUCGAGAUGAGCUUGAUCAGAGUGUUUGAUUGAUGGUUUUUACGCGUGGCUUGGAUACCUGUGUAUCCAUUGAAGCGUUAGAAAUGUUCAUAUUACCAAAGCUAGUAUGGAUCAAAUGUUUAUGGCUGUGUGCAUCUAGGGAUGCAGAGGCCAGGAGAAUUGUGUUCCUUUUCGAAAAUGAGGAGAAAAAGGAAAAAAAGCCAGUAUGGAAGAUUCACGGAGAAAGACAGAGAAGUGGUGGGGUCUUAAUUAUCAUCAUCACAAUUUUGUGAGUGCCUAAUCUUUGUCUUUCCUGUCUGUAAACAGAAUUUUGCUGAAAUGAACAUUAUGAGGUGCUGAAAAGAUCUAAAGAACUACUCAUUCAAUUUUA